AUGUUGGACCAUACUACCUCUACGCUCCUUGCUUAUAGUUUUACAGCGACCUUAAUAUCCCUCUCAAAUGCAACACCUAAUGAUAAAUAUGAUUUUAUCAUCAUUGGAGGGGGUACGGCUGGGCUCACAAUCGCAAAUCGUCUCACCGAGCUGCCGCAUAUCACUGUUGCUGUAAUCGAAGCUGGCGACAAAGUGCUCAAUAACCCCAAUGUUACGGGCACAGAUAAAUUUACAGCAGCUUUAGGUACUUCGAUUGACUGGCAGUAUGAGUCGACCAACCAAACUUAUGCAGCGGGGCAGACAGUCUCAUGUCCUGCCGGCAAAGCUCUUGGUGGAACAAGUACAAUUAAUGGUAUGACUUGGAUCCGGGGAGAGAAAGCCCAAAUUGAUUCAUGGGGCACUAUUGGCAAUGAAGGUUGGUCUUGGGAUGAACUAUUUCCUUAUUACAAGAAGAGUGAAAAUUUCAUCGUCCCAAGUCCUGCUCAAGUUGCAGCUGGUGCGUCCUACAACGCUAUAGAUCAUGGAGAAAGUGGCCCUCUGAAAGUUGGAUAUCACCCGGAGUUGCAAAAUGGAUCGCUUCACGGAUCAGUGGGAACUGCGUGGCAGUCGCUUGGUAUUCCAUCCACUAUUGAUGCAAAUGGGGGAGAUGUCCGCGGGUUCACCGUGGAGCAGCAGACACUAGAUCCAGAUGCCAAUGUUCGAGAGGAUGCUGCGAGGGCAUUCUAUUACCCCUUCCAAAAUCGAGCGAACCUUCACAUUCACCUCAAUACCACCGCGAUGAAGGUGGUCUGGACUUCCAACGAUGUUGAUGCAAUAGCAGAUGGUGUUGAAAUCAUUUCUUUGAAUGGUUCUGUGUCAACUAUCAACGCCAGACGCGAAGUCAUCCUCUCUGCCGGCUCUCUGAGAUCUCCAGCAGUUCUCGAGUUGUCCGGUGUAGGAAACCCAAGUAUUCUUGACAAGCUCGGCAUCUCCAGCAAAAUUGUUCUACCAGGUGUUGGAGAGAACCUAAUAGACCAACCAAACAACGCAAUUAUUUACAACUCGAGCACAACCUUUAACGGCACAACUGGUUAUCUGGCCUAUGCUACCGCAACAGACUUUCGCAUGAACCAACCCAGCGACGAUGACAUACCAACCUGGGCCGAACAAGUAGCAGCAGCAAACAACCAUGCAGUCAAUGCAUCUUCCCUCGAGUAUCUCUUCAAAGUCCAGUCAGGGCUAUUGAAAAGUGUUGCAAAUGCCGAAGUUUUUCUCUCAACUGGAAAGGGCAUAGGGUUGCCUCCCAGCGGCUUCUUAGCAACUGCAUUCUGGCUACUUAUGCCAUUUUCCAGAGGAAGCGUGCACAUAAGCUCUUCGAACCCUCUGACAUAUCCAAUCAUCAAUCCCAACUACUUUCUCGUAGACUAUGACCUAAAAGUACAAGCGGCAAUUACGAAAUGGGUUCGAGAAUUCUGGAUGACAGCACCUAUGAGCAGCCUCGCCUCUGAAAUAUCUCCCGGGUAUACAACUUUACCAGCAAAUGCUACGGAAACGCAAUACACUAAAUGGGUCAAAACUUCUUUUUCUUCCAAUUCUCAUUCCCUCGGAACGGCGGCGAUGAUGCCGAGGAAGCUCGGUGGAGUAGUCGACAAUGCUUUAAAAGUUUAUGGGACGGCCAACCUUCGCGUCGUGGACGCAUCGAUCAUUCCUUUUCAAAUCAGUGGCCACUUGACAGCUACCAUAUACGCCAUUGCGGAGAAGGCAGCUGAUCUUAUCAAGGCCGAUAUAAAAUAA